AUUUUUCUCUCCUCCUCCUCUUUCUCCUCCUCCUCUUUCUCCUCCUCCUCUACCUCCAGCGUCUAUAUCUCUUCCAUCAACUCCACAGCAAUCCCUCAUCCUCCUCUUAAUCAAUUAGACAAAAAACUCCUUUUCCAAUCUGCAACCCUACGCUAUCCGUCUCUAACCACCCCAACCGCAGCCAUCGCAAUGUCCGAGCCCUUAACUGCGAAACAAGUCGCUGAGCAUAAUACAGUCGACAAUGGUCUUUAUAUCAUCAUCGAUGGAGCCGUAUACGGGAUGGCGAGUUUCGUAGACGAACAUCCGGGAGGUGCGAAGAUCUUGAAGAGAGUGGGGGGGAAGGAUGCUAGUAAGCAAUUUUGGAAGUACCACAACGAGACCGUCUUGAAGAAGUAUGCGCCGAAGCUGAAGAUAGGGACGUUAAAGGAGGAGGCGAAGCUAUAAGUCACGAGUACGUAUGCACCGACCGAGGCGGCGACAUCGGAUAUACCCGCACUUGAUAGAACGGUGGAUAAAUGGAGGUUUUUUGGAGAAGCGUUGAAGUAUUGCAUACAGAGGACGAUGUAUGAUGAGAUGAGACGACACGAAUCGAUCGGUGUUUACACAGUGGCUAGAUUUCUUGGUACAUAUUGGGGCGCCUCGAUUAGAUCUCUCUGUUGGUUGAAACCAUCACAAUCAUAACGAGUGUAGAACAAGGCAAAGAUCCAUGCAACGUC